AUGGCGACAAAAGCUCUCUCCUUCACCCUAUCUCUCAACGAUCUCUUCUCUUCCAAGUCGCCACAUACAGCUUCAAGCCUCUCCGUUUUCUCUGUCAGAUGUUCCGCCGGAAAUGGAGAGAGGCCUUGGAAGAACUCAGAUGCCAGGCUUGUGCUUGAAGAUGGUUCUAUUUGGAAAGCUAAAUCCUUUGGUGCUUCAGGGACACAAGUUGGUGAAGUUGUUUUCAAUACAUCUUUGACAGGGUAUCAAGAGAUUUUAACUGAUCCUAGUUAUGCUGGACAGUUUGUUCUGAUGACAAAUCCGCAGAUUGGGAAUACUGGCGUAAAUUUUGAUGAUGAGGAAUCAGCGCAGUGCUUUCUUUCUGGUCUAGUAAUUAGAAGUUUGAGUAUCAGUACCUCAAACUGGAGAUGCGUGAAAGAUCUGGGGGAUUACUUGACAGAAAGGAAUGUCAUGGGAAUUUAUGAUGUUGAUACACGGGCAAUCACCCGCAGAUUAAGGGAAGAUGGAAGUCUUAUUGGUGUUUUGAGCACUGACAAUUCCAAAACAGAUGACGAAUUACUUCACAUGUCCAAAUCAUGGAACAUUGUUGGUCUUGAUCUAAUAAGUGGAGUAUCAUGCAAGUCUCCAUAUGAAUGGAUUGAUAGCACAAAGAAAGAAUGGGAAUUUAGCGCCGGUGAAGGGCCUAGAGACACUUUCCAUGUAGUUGCUUAUGAUUUUGGAAUCAAGCAUAAUAUACUUAGGCGCCUAGCAUCGUAUGGCUGUAAAAUCACUGUUGUGCCAUCUACAUGGCCAGCAUCCGAAACUUUGAAGUUAAAUCCAGAUGGUGUGCUUUUCAGCAACGGCCCCGGAGAUCCGUCUGCUGUUCCUUAUGCCGUUGAGACCGUAAAGAAUAUUAUUGGAAAGGUGCCUGUUUUCGGAAUUUGCAUGGGACAUCAAUUGCUAGGCCAGGCUUUAGGAGGUACAACCUACAAGAUGAAAUUCGGUCAUCAUGGAGGAAAUCAUCCUGUUCGCAACCUUCGAACUGGCCGCGUUGAAAUUAGUUCUCAGAAUCACAACUAUGCGGUCGAUCCUGCGACACUUCCUGAAGGAGUAGAGGUUACUCAUAUCAAUCUUAACGACGGUAGUUGUGCUGGUCUUGCAUUCCCUGCUCAAAAGCUCGUGUCUCUUCAAUACCACCCUGAAGCAUCCCCUGGACCUCAUGAUUCCGACAACGCUUUCGGCGACGAGCUGCUAUCCUCCGGGGCUAGAAGAAUAAAGUAUUUAAAAAUAUGUGAUAAAAGCUCAGAACAAGGGUUAGCAAGCAGUGAUUUUCAUAGCUUUCAUUGA